AUGCCUCUGGCUCACCUUACCCUCACAGUUCGAGAUGUUCGAGCUGCCACUUCGUUCUUUCUCGCUUGCCUGCAACCCCUCGGUUACCAAUUCGUUGGUCGCCAUGAAGAUUAUAUCGGUUUCGGGCAGAAGACCGGCGAGCCAGCUGACUUUUGGUUAACAGAACAGAAGCCUGGACUACCCGCUGGCGCUGCACAUCUCGCCUUCCCCGCCCCGUCAAGAGAAGCAGUAGGCAAGUUCUUCAUGGCAGCCUUAAAAGCCGGAGGAAGAGUACACGGGGAGCCGAAACUGCGUGAUCCCGACUCUGGGUACUACAGCGCUGCCAUUAUAGACUCUAAUGGAAACAGCGUCGAGGCUGUCUACCGCCCGGGCCACUCGUCCGGAAUGUCGGCGGUUAGCUCGUCGGUUGACAGUACUGUUUCUAUUACCACUAAGAGUAGCUCGAGGGCUAGCUCUAGGACACAGACUACUGUGCCGUCUCGGUCAGAAGCCCGGUCGCAUACGUCCAGGGCUAGCACUAAGGUGGAGAGACCUCCUCCAUCGGAGAAGUCGAGGGACUUGAGAGAACCGAGGGAGUCCAGAGAGUACAGGGAGUCGAGGGAUCCGAGAGAAUCGCGGGGGCCAAGGGACUCGAGGGAGUUGAGAGAGCCAAGGGAAUCAAGGGAACCGAGAGAGUCGAGAGAGUCGAGAGAACCAAGGGAUACGAGAGAACCAAGGGAAUCGAAGGGGUCAAGAGAGUCUACUGCAAGCUCGAAUAGCAGACGAGGAAGUUCAACGGCUCAGACUCAGGCCCAUGCGGCCCAGCAGCGAGAACAGCAGCGAGAGAAGCAGCAACGAGACCAACAGCAACGAGGGCAACAGCAACGAGACCAGCAGCAACGAGACCAACAGCAACGAGGGCAACAGCAACGAGACCAACAGCAACGAGACCAACAGCAACGACACCAACAACAACGAGAGCGAGAGCAACGAGAGCGAGAGCAACGAGAGCAGGAUGGCAGCAGCCGGGCGGCUAAGACGCUUGUCGGCUCACUCAUCGGUGCUGCUGCAGGUGCUGCCCUUGCCUAUGCCUGGAGCGGUCAGUCGCCAUCGUCGGAAGAUACGCCUUCUUCGCAGCCUACGCAGCCUACGCAGCCUACGCAGCCUACACAGCCUACACAACCUGCGCAGCCCAACCAGUCUGGUCAGUCCGCACAACAGCCACCGCGCGAACGAACUUACCAACAAGCGCCGUCCUCGCGGUCCUCAUCCCAGACAGCACAGACACUACCUAUCAGAACCAUCGAGGCAGGCGGCUCAUACUUCCCGCCGAAGCAACCGGAUCCCCCCCGUCCAGGCCUGACCCGCAGCGUCACGUCCAAGAACGCCCGCGCCAGCACCAUCUACGAAGGCUCCGAAUAUGGCGGCAAAUCCGAGACCAGCCGUACCUAUCUCGACGACAGCGGUCGUCGCGCCUCUGACGGCGGAGCCGCCUUCGGUCUCCCAGACCUCGCAAACCUGCCCCUCCGAGCCAUCGAAUACCCCCCACCCACAUACAGCAAGGCAAACGAACCGUCGCGGGGGAUGGACGACGACAAACGAAGCAUGUACUCCGCCUCCACAGCCCGUCCCUCCAACGCAAGCUACCAAUACCAAUACCAAGAUGACCGCGACCGCUCCGCCUACGCCCUCUCCCACGCCAACACCAACACCAACACCAACAACAACAAAUACAAACCCAACAGCACCGCCUCCCGCACCCCGCGCAACAUCCCCCUCCCAGAUUCAAUAGCCUCCUCCUACCGCACCGGCGCCAGCGGCACAAACACAAACACCGGAUCCUACACCUCCGCGCGCGGCGCCCCCCUCACAGAGGGCUCCCUCGCAUCCUUCCGCAGCAACUCCGCCGUCCCCAUCCCCGAAAGCGUCGUCAACGUCGACGUCGACACGGAUGUCACCCCCGACGACUCGGUGAGCCAGAUAUCGUCGAACGCGUACCGGUCGAAGCCGAGGCAGGGGCCGAUGCCUGCGCCUGCACCUGUGAGGUCGGGUGUUUCGGCGGCCGCGCUGUCGAAGAAGUCGAGUCGGUUUGAGGAGCCGGUUAGGCCGGAUGAUAGUGUUAGUCAGGUUUCGUGUAAUUCGAGGUCGACUGCUAGGGCUGGGGGUGGUGGUGGUGAGCGGAGGAGUCAGGCUGUAUAG